AUGAGUGAUCCCGUUGGCGCAGACGAUCUGGUCUAUGUCGCACAGGCCCAUGCUCCCCAAAAGGAGAUCCAGGCAGUUGAAGAGAAGAAGGAGUCUCAUCUCCCAAUUAACGAGAAAGAAACCGCGGUGGUGUCGGCCGUGCCAUCUAUCCACGAUGUCCACGAUGAUGGGCGCGAGUACCCAACCGAGGAAGAGGAGCGGACACUGCGUCGAGUCUCUGACACGGUCAGCUGGACAGCUUACACGGUCGCGUUUGUCGAACUGUGCGAGCGCUUCUCAUACUAUGGAACCACUGCAGUUUAUGUCAAUUUUAUCCAGCAGCCUCUCCCCGCCGGCUCCACCACGGGUGCCGGGUACAGUGGACAGUCGGGUGCUCUGGGCCAGGGUGAACGGACCUCCACUGCACUGACUACCUUCAACACCUUCUGGUGCUACGUCAUGCCCAUCUUGGGUGCCUGGAUUGCCGAUGAAUACUGGGGUCGUAUGCGAACCAUCCAAGUCUCCAUUGGCUUUGCUAUGCUUGGUCACAUUAUCAUCAUCAUCUCCUCUAUCCCCCCGGUUAUUGUACAUGCGAACGGUGCAUUGGCUUGCUUCGCUGUUGGUCUGGUGAUUUUCGGUAUUGGUGUGGGUGGAUUCAAAUCCAACAUCUCGCCCCUGAUUGCCGAACAAUACAAGGAGACCAAACUCUUUAUCAAGACCAUUCCUAAGACCGGUGAGCGCGUCAUCGUCGAUCCCGCGCAGACCAUUACUCGCAUCUUUCUCUACUUCUACUUCAUGAUCAACGUCGGCUCCCUUAUCGGAUCCGUGGCCAUGGUGUACGCAGAGAAGUACGUGGGAUAUUGGCUGGCGUUCCUUUUGCCGACCAUCAUGUUCGGUAUCUGUCCAAUUGUUCUGUUCUUCUGUCGCAAGCGGUACACGGUGACGCCCCCGACUGGAUCGGUUGUGACCAAGGCUUUCCAGCUGUGGAGCCUGGCUCUUCGUGGCCAAUGGUCCUGGAACCCUGUCACAUUCUACCACCGCUGCAAAUCUACCGAGUUUUGGGAUAGUGUCAAGCCUAGCCGUCUUGCCAACAAGCCCAGUUGGAUGACUUUUGAUGACAACUGGGUCGAAGAAGUGCGCCGUGCCGUCAAGGCCUGUGCUGUCUUUGCCUGGUACCCUCUUUACUGGCUGGCCUACGGACAAAUGACCAACAACCUGACCUCUCAGGCGGCCACCAUGCAGUUGCACGGCGUGCCUAACGAUAUCAUCAACAACCUGGACCCCCUUGCCCUCAUCAUCUUCAUCCCGAUCAUGGAUCAGUUCGUCUACCCGGGUCUUCGCAAGAUGGGCUUCCACUUCACCCCGAUCAAGCGUAUCUAUGCUGGAUACCUGCUGGCCUCCGCAUCCAUGAUUGCCGCUGCCGUCACGCAAUACUACAUUUACAAGCUGAGCCCAUGUGGCAACCACCCCAGCACCUGCGACGAGGCCGCUCCCAUCAACGUGUGGGUGCAAGCAGUGCCUUACGUGCUGAUUGCCUUUUCGGAAAUUUUCGCCUCCAUUACUGGUUACGAGUAUGCGUAUACCAAGGCGCCGAAGAACAUGAAGAGUUUGGUUCAAUCUCUUUACCUCUUCAUGAACGCCAUUUCAUCUGCUAUCCAGCAGGGUCUUACCGCCCUGUCAACCGAUCCCCUCUUGAUCUGGAACUAUGGGUUCGUCGCCGUGCUGGCUUUCGUCGGUGGAAAUCUCUUCUUCCUCUGCAACUUGAAGCUUGAUAAGGAGGAAGACGAGUUGAACAACAUCGAGGAGUCGGCAUAUCUGGGACGCAACGCGGGCGAACCUGGAAAGAUCGAGGCGUAGUGAUCACGGUGUAUGAUUUAUG